ACCUCAGGGUACCAACCCAGGUUUGGAGUGGAAACGUUAGCAAGGGCCGCAAUAACAAGAGGCUCCCGUCCGCUUCUGUGUUGAGGGACUGGCAGGUUAUUAUGUGAUGCGGAACUAGAUGUUUCGGAUUGCAAAGCGGAAACGGGGGGAAGGGUACGAGAGGAGCACUUUGUCACAGCCAUGCAGUGAGUGGAAGCUUUGACGGGAGAGAGAGUUGAGAGGGAACUGUGCAGACGGGAGACACAUGAUAGAUCAGGACAUUUGAAUUUUGAAUAUGGAGCAAAACUUAGCUGUUAAGCGAUUAUAUGUUGGAGGACUCGACCAUACAAUUUCUGAAGCUGAACUGAAGAAAAGAUUCUGCAACUUUGGAAAUGUUACAGACACAGAAAUAGUUACCCGGAAAGAUGAAAAAGGGAAGCCUAUGAGAACAUUUGCAUAUAUCAGCAUCAAUAUUUCAGAAAAAGAACUUAAAAAAUGUAUAUCUGUUUUAAAUAAGACAACAUGGAAAGGCGGAACGCUGCAAAUAGAAUUGGCCAAAGAAUGUUUUUUGCACAGAUUGGCACGGGAGCGUCAAGAAGCAAGUGUGAUGAAGGAAAAAACAAACUGUAAUGGCAUGACAAGCAUUCUAGAAUCUAUGAAGAAAUCUGGAGUUGUAGAUUUUCAUGUGAAAGCAGUACCGGGAACAGAAAUACCAGAUCAUAAGGACUGGGUUGUUGGCAAGUUUGGAAGAGUGUUGCCUAUUCUCCACAUGAAAGGUCAACGUACAAACAAGAUUGUGAAAUAUGACCCUUCCAAAUAUUGCCACAAUCUUAAAAAACUUGAUUCUGACCUUAGUGAGACAGUUCCAGUUUCCCAACUCACUUGGCAUUUGGAAGAAGUCGAUAAUAUCAGGAUCAAAAAACAGCAAGGACAAUUUCCUGUUUCUAAGAAGCCACAUAAAAAGAAAAUGAGAGUACAGGAAUGUGAUAGGUUGAAUAGAACAGAAUUGAAAUUGUGUUGCCAGUCUUCAUCAAAAACAAAUGUACGCAAGACAGAACUAGUUCAAGAUCACACUUGUACUGCAAAGCAAUACAAAAAACACUCUGUGGAUCAGAAGUUUGUAGCUGGAUCUUGCAGGCAUAUAAACAGCCUAUCUGAGAGUGAUAUUGAUACUGAUGAAGAAAUUAGAGCCAUAAUAGCUAACGAGCAAAAAGUGCAGAAAGUUGACCCUAAUACUGAGCCUGAAGAUGAUAGUAUGGAAGUUGUUGGAGAAAAUUUUGAACUGAAAUAUAGUACUCACUGGUCUUUAAAGAAAGCACAGAGUAUGAAGAAAGUAAGCAAUAGAGAGCGAAGGAGUAUUGAAAACAAAUCUGAUUAUGAUUCAACUGACACUGAUGAAAUUAUAGCUGUGACUCAAAUGUCAAAUCGAAAGAAAAGAGAGAAGGAAACGCUAAAUGGAUUGAAAGCCACAGAAGAGAAGGAUGGCAGCUUUAAGAAAGGCACAUUGUCACACACUGCACAUUUUGAUUCUUCAGACUUGAAUGGUUCAACAUCUGACAAACUGAAAGGAAGGGGAAUGGCAACAUCUGAAAAAACAAAUUCUCAAGUUGUACCUAAACAAAGCAGCGGUGCCAGUGAAUGCAAGUCAGAGAGUGAUGACUUGUAUCUUGCCCCAAGCGAAUCUGAAGGAGAUGAAGAUUAUGGAACCAUGAUGAAGAACUGUUACCGAGUAGAUCUUACAUUAGAAGAUUUAGAACGAUUAGCAGGUGGAGAUGCCGAAUCUACAGAUGAUGAUGCAGAAAGUAAUCAUACUGACACACAAUCUAAAACUAAUGAAUUUCCUGUUAGUAAUACCAAGAAUACUCGAAGGUCACCCACAGGUUCCCCUACUCCUAAAAAAUGUAUUUGUCCAGAAGAAAUUCUAUCUGCUAUUUUAAAAGAAGAAAGUGCUGAUGAAGAAAAUCCAAAGGAAAACAACUCAUGUUUGAAAAUUCAGCCUUUUAGAGGAAUACGGUCAUUAAGUGUAAAUGAAACCAUAAACAAGCAGACUAAGAGUGAGUUGGAUGCACAUAAAACUAAAGCUAGCUUUGAUUCUUCUUACAUUAGUGGUAUGGACUCUCUGACGAGUAUAUCAGAUCCCCAGUGCUUGGACUUUGCAAUUAAAAAUCCUAAAUGUAAAUUACUCUCAUUAAAAACAGUCAACUCUGACUCUCAUGAAGGAAACUGCAUAUUAAAACCAGAUGAAAACUUUCACAAAGAAGAUAGCGAGGUUGAAACCAGCAAUGGAAGUGUUUCAACUGAAACAACAGUCUCAACAAACUUGAAAUCUUUUCCCAAAAGAGCACCGAGAGAAAUAAGUUGUAAAGAUUCAGAUUUAGGAGAGAGCUUAAAGAAUACUCUGAAAAGAAGAGAGACCUUUCUGGGUUUUGCCAAAGCUACAUCGGAAAAACAACAGCAGGAUAACGAGAAAAGGCUGGCAGCUCUGCGGGAGAAGCAAAAAGAGAGAAAACUGCAGAAAAGUCUUAUUCAGGGAGCUCUUGCCCAUCUAGAAAUCCAAUCAACAAAUAAACAAAAGCACAUAAUAUUUGAUUCAGAUGGUGAAAGUGAAGCUGAAGUUCCAGUGAGCUCUAAAGAAGGGUCACCAGGAAAGCUGCUGAAAAAAGAUUUCACCACUAAAACCUCUGGAAAGCUGUUUGAAAGCAGUGAGGAUGAGUCAGAUAUUGCAGAGGAAGACAGUGACAGAUUCAAAAUCAAACCUCAGUUUGAGGGUAAAGCUGGUGAGAAGCUCAUGCAGUUACAGUCACGAUUUGGCACAGAUGAAAGAUUUCGUAUGGAUGCUCGCUUCCUUGAAAGUGACAGUGAACCAGAAGGGGAAUUAAAGAAACCAGAAAUAGAUGAAGAAGAAGAGCUUGCAUUAGAGAAAAAGAAGAAUCUUGAGAUCUUGAAAAAUCUUCUGCAUAUUAAUGUAGAACAUCCCAUGCCUAAAAAACAGGCUGCAAGUGCCAGGAAAUUCAAGGAUAUUAACACCCUACGCUAUGAUCCUACAAGGCUGGACCAUGCUGUGUUUGAAAGAAAGCCAGAAAACACUGAAAAAGAAAGUAAAGCUAAGAAAAAGAAGAAGAGGGAGGAGGCUCAGAAGCUGCCUGAGGUGUCUAAAGAAAUAUUUUAUAAUGUUGCGGAGAAUUUGAAAGAAGUACUUGAAUCUACUAAAUGUGAUGAAAAACCAGAAAUAAUACCCUGGGAUAAACACAAUGAUGUGGAAGAAGCAAUUCCAGCUGAUGCAGGGCCAUUAAACUUUAAAGAUAGAAGUAACAAGCAAGAAGAAACCAGUGGCUUCACAUUUUCCUUUUUUGGUCCUGAAAAGGAGACAUCGCCUAUGAAAGAAGAACCCUAUCUGAUUGAGACAAUAAAGCCUUCAAGAGUUGCAUGGCAAGAAGAUCCACGUUUCCAGGAUAGUAGUUCAGAAGGCGAUGAGCCAGAAGUGGUUGAAAGAGAAGAUGUUAAAGAAACGUCUCCAGCUACACCACACUCAAACAUUAGAUUCUUCUUCUUCUCUCAGGAUGAUGAUAGAUUAAAAGAGGGCCCCAAACUCUUCUACCGAUCGUCAAACCUUGAUGAAGACAGAGAUGACUGGGAAAGCAGGCGUGAAAUGUUACUUGAGGAUUGUCGGAAGAAACAUAAAGAUGCAAGAAGGAAAGUCAAAGCAAAACACUGAAUAUGGACAGACCAGUGACAUUUCAAACAACUGGCAAACUUUGAAUGCAAACAAUGGAGUCCACAGGAAAUUUGCUAAUGACUUGAAAAUAAAAAGUGGGUCUGCAAAUACAAAGUUUGUGUAAAACAAAAUAGGUGUGAGAUGGUAAAGCUUUUAAUGUUUAUAUCUUUAUAUCUUUAUUGUAUGUUAUACACAUAUAUAUUAUAAGGUCCUGGAGAUGCAUCAAAUAUAUGUAGCACAAUUUCAAUUGAGUUAGGAUUACCAAGAGUUGAGGUUACACUAGAGGCAAGAGUGAGCAACGUUGGAUGCAGCUUUAAGCUUCCUAUACACCUUAGAACUGACUCACCCUGCAGUCUCCGUGGCUUACCAGAUGGAGUUGCAGAGAUCCCAAAUUCCAGUCCAGCUACUCUACUUGAAUAUAUUCAGUUUAAUGCAUUGUUUUAGUGUUUUGAUUUCAUAAUUCUUAAUGUAAAAUUAUUUUUGGAUCUUGAAUUCCAGCUCCCAGUUGCAAAGAACUGAUCUAAGCCUACAAUCUUAAUAUCCUUACCAAAUCCAUUAAAGUGUUCUGAAGCAGAUAGGAGUGGAUAUAGGAGAGGGAAAGUCCUAGUGGCUUGAUCAGUGCAAACAUAUUUAGAGAAAGAAAUCCAGACCCACUGAAGUGGGAGUAUCAUCAUUGACAUCAGUGGAGUGGAAAUAAUACUUCUAGGCUGGGUUCAGUCUUAUAGAAUGGUUGAUAGCACCCUAGAGGAGGCUAAAUUCUUCAACAUCUUGAUUAGCUGAUAAUAGAAAAAGUUUCUUGCUUUUGAAAUUCUGCUGUACACAAAACUGUAUUAUAUUCUCACAGUACAAAUUAUGUAGAGAAUUUCAAAUCUGUAAAUAUUUAUAUAUUUUUAAAAGAAUCAUUCAUUUUUCUAUUAAAAAAUAUCCGGA